CGAGUAGUUAUUGUUAAUUUUAAUAAUAAAAAUUCAGAAAAUUCAACAUUAACAAUAUCACAAUUACCUCUUAUACAAGAUAAAUGGAGAGUUUGGCCACCAGACCUUCAAAAUCCCGAAGAAGCUGAUUUAUUUUACAUUCCAUUUUUUGGAAGUUGUUAUCUAUUCAAUUGUUGGAUAAACAACAAUUGGAAUCAAACAAAAAGAUGUCAAGUGGAUUCAAUUUAUUUGGAACCAUUAAUGAAUUAUAUUAUUCAAAAUUUUACUUACUGGAAUAAAACCAAAGGGGCAGAUCAUUUUAUGAUACAUCCAAUGGAUAGAGCUGAUGAUUAUUACGAGAAAAGAGAAAUGUUCAGCAAUGCGAUAUAUCUGACAAUAAUCGGUGAUAAACGAAAUUUAGAUAGUCAGGCAUUUAGAAGAUAUAAAAAUAUAGUUAUACCAAGUGCUACACCAAUAUUAGAUUCUUAUCUUGUAGAUCCUCUUGAAUAUAUUGAUGAAAAUGGUAAUCCAAGUCGAGAUAUUAAAGGAAUUUUUAGAGGAUGUUGCGCAAACGUUAAUGCGACAGAUUUUUAUUCAGAAGGCGUUAGACAUAUAAUAUUUAAUGGUUUGAAAGGAUUACCUGGUUGGGAUAUCGAAGAAUCAUCAGAAACCGUUGAAUACUCUAAAUUACUUGCGAGAUCAAAAUAUGGUUUGACGCCAUCUGGAUGGACAUUAGAUACUACCCGUAUAUGGGAAUAUUUUUCGUUUGGUGUGGUUCCUGUCGUAAUUGCUGAUGGAAUUAUUGAACCUUUUGAAGAUGAUAUUGAUUGGGAUUCUAUGAUAGUUAGAGUUAGACGUAGUGAGGCUCAUAGGAUUAAUGAAAUAUUGGAUUCAAUUUCGGAAGAUGAGUAUCAAAGAAAACGUGAGAGGGUUUGGUUGAUUGGAAGAUACAUGGUAAUCAAAAAUGGUUAUGCUUGGCAUUUUAUUGUUAGAAGCUUUUGUAGAAUGUUGAAAAUAAUUAAGCAGGAAUUUAUAGAUAUUGAGGGAUAUUCUUAUUUUGAUAUUUAA